AUGAGUGGGCUAAUGCAAGAUGCUGUAGUGCUAGAGAAGAAGGGGUUGAUCAAAAUUGAGCAUCGCCAAGUCCCAAACAUUAAGGAUCCCCAUUAUGUGAAGAUUCAGAUUAAAGCUACUGGGAUAUGUGGGUCCGAUGUGCACUAUUAUACCCACGGCUCCAUUGGAGACUUCGUCGUUAAGUCACCUAUGGUUCUAGGACACGAGUCUAGCGGUGUAGUCGUCGAAAUCGGCGAUGCUGUCACAUCUCUGAAGAUUGGUGACCGAGUCGCUGUUGAACCCGGAGUGCCAAGCAGAUAUUCUAAGGAGACGCUGUCUGGUCGCUACAAUUUGUGUCCUCACAUGGCGUUCGCCGCCACUCCACCAUACGAUGGCACUUUGGUCAAGUACUUUUUGGCUCCUGAGGAUUUCGUUUACAAGCUGGCCGAUCAUGUCUCUUUUGAGGAGGGCGCAAUGGCUGAGCCUCUGGCUGUAGCUGUCCAUGCCAACCGCCUUGGCAACACCAGCUUUGGCAAGACUGCGCUAAUCCUGGGUGCUGGACCUGUCGGCCUGCUAACCGGGGCAACCGCCAGGGCUUUUGGAGCCACCGAUGUGGUCUUUGUAGACAUCUUCGAGUCCAAACUCGAGAGAGCCAAGCAAUUCGGCGCUACUCACACGAUCCUAUGGAACGCGAGCUCAGACGAGGCCACUCUAGUUCACGAGACCGUGAAAGUCCUAGCCGGAGGUCGUCCCGACAUCGUCUUCGAGUGCUCUGGUGCUGAGAAAUGCAUCAGAGCCGCAGUCAAGGCCUGUGCAAGAGGCGGCAUUGUCGUUCAGGUCGGUAUGGGCAAAGAUGACGUCUCGUUCCCGAUAACCGAGCUUUCAGUAAAGGAAGCAACCCUGAAGGGUUCCUUCAGAUACGCUGCGGGAGACUACGAUGCUGCCGUCAAGCUGCUGUCCACCGGCCAGGUCAAUGCCAAGCCACUCAUCACUAAAGUCUUUCCUUUCACUGAAGCGGUCCAGGCCUAUCAGUACAACGUCGAGCACGCCAAGGACGUCGCUAAGACGAUAAUUACUGGGCCUGAGUAG